CGAUGACCCAAUGUAAUGAGAUCUGAAACCCUAUCUCUAUUCAAUUUGAUCCAACUCUCAAGCAAACUCAUUCUGCAGAGUUAGCAAAAUCCCAAUUUCACAACAUUCGAAUCUGUAACAGCCAUGUCUCUGAAUCUUCGUCAGAAGCAAACGGAAUGCAUAGCGCGAAUGCUGAACCUGAACCAACCCAUAAACGCAACAGGAACCGCUAACGAAGAGGUUUACAAGAUACUAAUCUACGACAAGUUCUGCCAGAGCAUACUCUCCCCAUUGAUCCAUGUCAAGGACCUUCGCAAACACGGUGUCACACUUUACUUCCUCAUCGACAAGGAUCGAAAACCCGUUGACGAUGUCCCCGCCGUUUAUUUCGUUCAACCAAACCAAUCCAACGUUCAGAGAAUCAUCGCCGAUGCCUCUCGCUCUUUCUAUCACACUUUCCACCUCAAUUUCUCAACCUCAAUCCCUCGUCCCCUUCUUGAAGAUCUCGCUUCCGGAACCCUAAAUUCCGAUUCAAUUAGCCGGAUUUCUAAGGUCCAUGAUCAGUACCUGGAGUUUGUCACCCUCGAAGAUAACCUCUUUUCAUUGGCCCACAAGUCUUGUUAUCUUCAGCUCAAUGAUCCUUCUGCUGGGGACCGUGAAAUUGAGGAACUUGUUGAGAAGAUUGUUGCUGGGUUGUUUUGUGUGUUGGCCACUCUUUCUGUUGUGCCUGUUAUUAGGUGCCCCCGCGGUGGCCCUGCUGAGAUGGUGGCCUCCGCGUUGGAUCAGAGGCUCCGCGAUCAUUUGUUGUCCAAGAACAAUUUGUUUACUGAGGGUGGGAAUUUUGUUAGCUCGUUCCAGCGCCCGGUUUUGUGUAUCUUUGACAGGAAUUUCGAGUUGCCGGUUGCGAUUCAGCAUGAUUUUAGGUACCGGCCGCUUGUUCAUGAUGUGCUUGGGCUGAAGCUGAAUAGGUUGAGUGUGCAAGGGGAGAAAGGUGGGAUGAGGUCGUAUGAGUUGGAUAGUUCGGACUCGUUUUGGGUUGCGAAUGGAUCGUUGGACUUUCCUGAGGUUGCUGUGGAGAUUGAGACACAGCUGAAUAAGUAUAAGAAGGAUGUGGAUGAGGUGAAUAAGAGGACUGGUGGAACUCAUGGAGCGGAGUUUGAUGGGACGGAUUUGAUUGGUAACACGAAGCAUUUGAUGAAUGCUGUGAACUCUCUGCCUGAGCUGACUGAGAGAAAGCAGGUGAUUGAUAAGCACACAAAUAUUGCUACUGUGUUAUUGGGUGAGAUUAAGGAGAGAUCGCUUGAUUCUUAUGCUAAAAAGGAGAAUGACAUGAUGACUAGAGGGGGCAUUGAACGGAGUGAGCUUCUUGGUGUGCUCAGAGGGAAGGGAACAAAGACGGAUAAGCUUCGCUUUGCCAUAAUUUAUCUUAUUUCUUCUGAAACCAUUAAUCAGUCAGAAGUGGAAGCUGUGGAAGCGGCGUUGAGAGAGUCCGAGGUUGACACUGCUGCUUUUCAGUAUGUGAAAAAGAUCAAGUCAUUGAAUGUUUCGUUGGCAUCAGCAAAUUCUGCCAGCAGAAGUAAUAUUGUUGACUGGGCUGAGAAGCUCUAUGGACAGUCAAUUAGUGUAGUCGCAGCUGGUGUCAAAAAUCUUUUAUCUAAUGACAGGCAGCUAGCGUUGGCAAGGACGGUUGAAGCCUUGAUGGAAGGGAGGCCAAAUCCUGAAACAGAUUUAUACCAUGCAUUUGAUCCUCGUGCCCCUAAGUCUGGUUCAGGAGCAAGUGGCAGCCAUUUGAAAGGACCAUUUAAGGAAGCAAUUGUAUUCAUGAUUGGUGGUGGUAAUUACGUUGAAUAUUGCAGUCUGCAAGAGCUUGCACAAAAUCAGCAGCCUGCCAAGCAUGUUAUAUAUGGAACAACAGAAAUUCUAACUGGAGUGGACUUUGUAGAGCAGCUUACAUUUUUGGGGCAGAAGAUGGGUUUGGGUAAUGUUGGUUCUACCUCAACUCAGUAGUUCAUGCGAAUGUUUUCACAUUUCAGAUUACCAAAUAUUCUUUAGUACACAAAGGAAAACCCUCAGACAAUGAGGUAACACAGGAAAAAUCAAUCUGCUUUUGAUGUUCAUUGUCUAAAACGAUGAAGGAUUUUAUGCUUUACAGUGCCGCCUUGAUUAUAAAGCAAGGGGAUUGCUUCUUUUUAUAUGGUUGGUUUCCUUUAGUUUAUGCUUCUUCUUUGUAGUGAAAAGUUUUUCAUUGAAAAGCAUUAUGUAUUAAUUAGAGCGAGUGUCUGUAAUUUGGAUAUAUUCUGCUACUCUUCUUGCCAUUCUUGAAGUGUCUGGUUUUGAUUGAUCUGUUUGACAGAUUAGUUAGUACUACCUGAAUCAUUAGUAUCCAAUUAAUU